AUGAAAGUGCUACAAAGUUUACUGUUAAUCGGCUGUCUGCUUGGCAGCCUAGUCAGCGCUCAGGACUAUCAGGAUUACCAGCCGAGUGCACCACGAGCGGCGCCUCAUAGACUGCAUUCCAGCGCACAGGAGGAGACGCGUCCCACGCCUGUGCCCAUACUCAAGCAGAUCAACAAGCACAAUGAGGAUGGCUCCUAUACGUACGGCUAUGAGGGCGCCGAUGGUUCCUUUAAGAUCGAAACGAAGCUGGCCACGGGCGAAGUGAAGGGCAAGUAUGGUUAUGUUGAUGCCGAUGGCAAGGUGCGCGUCGUUGAGUAUGGCGCCAACAAGUAUGGCUUCCAGCCCUCGGGCGAGGGCAUCACCGUAGCACCACCCACGCUGGUCGAUGAGUCCACAAAGGAAGAGCCCGACUACGAGGACGAGCCUGUCCAACGACCCCAGCGCCCCUAUCGCGUGCAACGUCCGCAGCAACAGCAGCAGCAUCAGCCACGCCCACAGCCCCCACGUCCACAGCCGCAGCCACAGCCACAGCCACAGUAUGUGCAGUAUGAGGAGGAGGAAGCGGAGCCGCAGCGUCGUGUGCAAUACGCACCCCAACCACAGCCGUCGGUGGGUCCAGCACCCCCCCGUCUCCAAGUGCCUGGCGCUCAGCGCACCACUGAUGUGCUCUACUCGCCGUUACAGCGUCCCGCCCGCCCCGAGCCUGAUUACACGCAGUCGCAGAGCUUCGGCGAAGGCCCCUCCAAUGUGCGCAUUUCCCGGCCUGUCUAUGCGCUGCCUCCCGCCUCGCCGGCGCCCAGCAGCGCACGCGCCCAGGGCUUCCUGGCACCCGCCUCGGGUGGUCGUCCGCUCCUAGAGCCCGUGCACUUCGGACCCAGCCAGGGUGCCGGUGCACAGCCUGUGCAGCAGCCACAGCAACAGCCACAGCGCAGCUACCAGCCGCAGGCCCAGGGUCGCAUUGGAGGUGGCGGCGGGGGCAGCCUUCUGGAUCAACUGGCGCGCGAUUAUGCCCUGCCCCAGGGCAAUGCUCAGCCGCUGCAUGACAUUACCUUUGGCUAUUACUAG